GGAAGAGGUUUAGGUCAGUAAGGCAGCUAUAUCUUACAGAUUUCGGUACUUGACUAUUCUACUUUUCUUUCUUUGCAACUAUUGUGUUGUCUGGAGUCGUCGUGAGACUCUCUGCUUCAUCAAAUCGCAGCGCGCGAAGAGAACCAACCAUUGCAUCUCUCCAAGCACUAACCUAACCCAUCCACGUACUAAUACUAGUACAUGCUUAUCUAGGUAAGUAAUUACCACAAUACUGUAUGUAAAAUAAAAUACAAUAUAAAAAAAUUACACGUACUUAAGUAUAAGAUCCCCACCCCCGCAUUUCCCCGCACCACAGUACCUACAUCAUGCAUGUACCUACCGCGUCUCUUUGAUGAAUCUGCUCCCUACCCAGGUAAGUAGCAAUGUUGUUGAUCUAACGACAAUGUAGUGCUGAGAUUAGGAGUCUGCUGUCCGUCAUCAUCAUCAUCUUCUUUUGAUACCACCGCCAUUGGGUCUGUGCCUAGCAUGGCACUAUAUCUGGUCAAAAGGUUCAGAUUCUUGUUUUAAUCUAAGGUGCCACCACAGACAGUUGCGGCUUCUUUUGUCCUCUCUUUACAUCCUAGGGAAUUGAGACAGCAACCCAUGAUGUUGCCCCAGGAAAAUGAUCCUGAUGAGCCUGGGCCUGCUCUAAACGCAAACUCAAUCCCGUGUUUCAAGCCCGCCCGCUCAGCCAGAAGGACAGUGAAACGGUCAUCCAAUGCUUGCGAAAGAUGCCGCCAACAAAAGAUUAAGUGCUCUGGUUCCCGUCCAUGCGAUGCUUGUCGCAAGCGCAGCCUAACGUGUACGUUCAACCUCGAGAACCAAAAGAUUAUGGUGACUAGAAGAUAUAUCGAAGAGUUGCAGCGAAGUAAUGCAGCCCCUGAGAGGCAACGGGAACAAGCCAAUCGUGAGACACCAAGCCCAGGCGUACUUACUAACGGGGACGGUGAUGGGGCUUGUCAUAGUGAUGGCCGACUAUCACCGGCAACGACCAUCAGACAGGCUAUGGGCUCUAUCUCACAAUCUCCCGACUUCCACAGCUGUGGCAAUCGUUUCCCGGUUUAUCUGGCCGAUGAUGAGCACGGAGAAUCAUACUCCCCAAACUCCGAUUUUGGUGGUCAGCAGUGCCUGGCGAAUCCAUUAUCUACAGGUUGCUCUGCAUUCUCAACUACCAUAAACGGCUUUACAUUCCACCUGGGGACUUCUUCGAGCUGGUCUUACACAAGGCACAUCCUGAAUAUGGCCUAUGAGCGACUCUUUCCGGUUCCUCCCUUAACGGAAGACCUGGGUCUCGAUUGUAUGAUUUAUGAAUUAGAUUGGGACGGAAGCAGAAUCACAUCUUCUCUGCCAGUCUCACCAAUUCUGCCAUCCCUAGACCAUUGCAUAUAUCUAGUCAAUGCUGUUAAGUUCCAUUGCCAACUUUUUCAUCUCUUCGAUGAGGACGCAUUUAUGCCGUCUCUAUAUAGGUUCUAUGAUGACCCCUCAAGAGAGCCUCAGCCAUUAGAAGAGAUGUGGUAUGUUCACUUCCUCCUCAUCCUGGCCUUUGGGAAAGCCUUCACCACCAAAAAGUCCGAAGGCGGGCGCCCGCCCGGCGAGCCCUUCUUCUCAAAGGCGCUUCAAUUAUUACCCAGCACAAUUUUGCUCUGCACUCAGCCCAUUGAGGCGACUGAAAUCCUGUGCUGUAUUGCACUAUACUUGCUGUGUAUUGAUGCUCGAAGCACGGCUCACAAUUAUAUUGGCCAAGCGAUACGGUUGGCGAUGGACAGUGGGUUGCAUACAGACAAGGGGACUGAGCGGUUUGAUGAAGGCCUGGCCGAAAGGUCACGUCGAGCGUGGUGGACCGCCUAUAUCCUAGAUCGAGAGAUGACCUCACUCAUGGGUUUAUCUCAACCUUCUCAAGAUUAUACUGCGUGUUCUCAGCUACCGAGGUUCAUAGGCGCUCCUCAGCAUACCGCAGCACUGAGCAUUCGAAUCAAAUUAGCACGUGUCUUGGAAAGAAUCGACGAGACUGCCCACGCUACCAAAAGCCAGGCAAAUCACAACUUUCUUCAUAGUACUAAAACAGCUCUCUCUGAUAUAGCUGAAGUAAUAGACGAGCUCCGCCACUCGUUUCCUCUAGAGCGAGGGAAACCAGGACAUGGAAUAUCGAGGAUGUCAGCCCAUCUCUAUCUUUCAUACUAUCAGUGCACAAUACUCGCCACUAGGUCCCUCUUAUACUUUUUCCUCCAGAUACGGUUGAAAUCAGCAGCUGAGUGCCUACGGAGAAUGAAUAUUUCCCAGACAGUCCGAAAACUCAUAUUGAUGUGUCUUGAUGCCUCAUUGCAAAGUAUCACAAUACUAAGGCUAUUACAAGCUCAAGGCUUGUUAGAGGUUUUCCUGCCAUUUGACCUUGAGUCAUUGGUCACAUCUACGGUCACUGCCAUGGUGGCUUUCGUUCUCGAUGCUCGCUUGAACGAAGACAUUCCCCAGUGGCUACAAAAAUCAUACUCUAUAUUCGAAGAGUUCAUUAACUUCGGUAACCGGGUUGCUUUGUUCCGUAAGGCGGAGCUCGCUCAGCUACAUGAACUGCUAAAUAAUGUUCUCCUCGGGGAAGAUCCGGCCAUGAUUGGGCCCAAUAGUGGAACGGCUUCAGGUAGUGUUGAUGAAACCGUGUCUAUAGAUGAUAUACACAACAAUGCGUUACUAAGACCGGGUCUAUUACCCCCCUUUACUGCUGCCACUGAUAGUGGCGGGUAUGACAUUUCCAUCGAUAACCUGAUGACAGGGGCCGAGAUGAUGGAAGUUGCGAAAUCUCUUGACGAGCUCGAUGUCGAAUGGGUAUCGCAAAUGAUCUUCGGCCACUGUAACAAUCCUACCUAUUGACUGGAAAUGACGAAAUGGUUGGAGGUAUAUAGGCGGGCCUUAUGUAUCAUCCUUUCAUUAUUAGAUAUUAGGCAUAGAAAAAAUAAUACGUAGUUUAGGCGUAA